CUGAGGACUGUCCGCGUGGUCGCUGGCGGCGGUGUGGUCGGCGGCCUCCGAGUUCUGCUGAAGGUGCAGUAGCUCGCCGCCAGGAUGGACUACGCCUAUCUCAACCAGGCGGCGGCGGCGGGGUUCGAGGCCUCGUCAUGCAGCCUGGGCGGCACUCUGGGCGGCUCCAUGGACUCCAGCCACGCGCCCUACACCUACGGCGACCUCACCUCCUGCUCUCAGAUGCCCUCCGCCUACCGCUACACGGGCGCGGGCAUGAGGGGCUACAACACGGGCGUGGGAGUGGGCGUGGGCGUGGGGUCCCAGCAGUGCGGCGUGAUGGGGCGCCCGCAGGACCACCGCGCCAUGUUCCCCGCCUCCGUCACGCCCGUCAACCUGCAGACCUCCUCUCCAAGCAGCUCAUGGCUACAAGCCGGCCUGGGCUACAAGAUGUACGGGCCUCACGACGGAGUGCUGAGCGAGAAGCGGAAACAACGCCGCAUCCGAACCACCUUCACCUCGGCUCAACUAAAGGAGCUGGAGCGAGCCUUCCAGGAGACGCACUACCCAGACAUCUACACUCGGGAGGAGAUUGCCAUGAAGAUUGACCUGACGGAGGCGCGGGUGCAAGUGUGGUUCCAAAACCGUCGCGCCAAGUUCCGUAAGCAGGAGCGACUGGCGCAGCAGAAGGCACAGCAGCAGCAGCAACAGCAGCAACAGCAGCAGCAGUCCUCCACGGCCGCCAACAACAAUAAUAACGAGAACAGCAACGGCUCCAGCACCAGCGCCACCACCAGCGGGAGUCCUGGCGCCGGGGGAAAGGGCGAGAGCAAGACAGGUGGCAACUCGACAGGUGGAGGAGGCAGCGGCGUAGGCUCCUCCUCCACCCCCUCCAAGGCUCUCCACCAGCCAGUCUCCAACAUGCCAGCCUCCACCACCUCCAACACGGCCGUCUCCACUGCCUCCACCACCUCCCUCCACCACCUGGACCACAAGCCUGUUGUGGGCAAGCUGGAGUCGUCACCCAAGUGGUCGUCCGCGGCCCCGGCGGCGUCAGCUCCCGGGGGAGGCAGCGGGGCAGGCGGUGCCGGGGGCUGCAGCUCCCCGCUCACAGCACUGGAGCGCCCCUCGUCCUGCCCCUCACCCGUCCCCCUCACCACCCUCACCGCCCACUCCGCCCACUCCCUGAACCACGGCGGCAACGUAGGCGUGCACACCAACAUGGGCGGGAUGCAGCAGGGCCACCCGCCGCCACCCUUCUCCCUCCUCAACCACACCGUCAACAAUUACAUGCUGCCGGACCCCGCCAAGAGCAACCUCAUCUCGCAGCUCUUCUAACUACCUCCCGCCACCCUCGGCCCCGAGCCCUGGCCCCGUUCCCGCCCCCGCCCCGUCCCCGUCCCCACACCGCCGCCAACGUGGGGCCGACACCUGACAGCCUUGCGGCAGCUGACACGCCCAGGACUGUCAGCUCCGACCUGCCACACCGCCCCGCCCCUGGCCGCCCCCUGCCGCCCUUCCCUAUACCACCCUGACUAGUGGUGGCCACGUGUGUGUGUGUGUGUGUGUGUGUGUGUGUGUGUGUGUGUGUGUGUGUGUGUGUGUGUGUGUGUGUGUGUGUGUGCCAAGGGGGGGUCGAGGGGGCGUUCCUGAUCACCCGGUUGUCGCAAUGGACGGGGUGCCUGACCUUACCUGUGGGGGCACGUGACACGAGGGGGGGUGGCGCGCCCAGGCUGAGGCGUGCGUCCUUCUGUACAUACACUAACUCCUCUGCGUGUUACCCGUGUACAUGACUAAGGUGCACAUGUACUCCGUGUAAUAUGCGUGUUUCAGCCAGCUUGUCCCUGGUCUGUGGCUCCCUCAGGCGUGGCGCUAGUGGACCUGUGCACGCUGACGGAGGAGGAGAAGGAGGAGGGGCGAAAGAACUCCUCCAGGUGCGAAAGAAAAGAAGACACUCAACUUACUCCUCUUGAACCUCCGUGUUACCGCCUCUCCUGACGCACCUCGGCCACGUCACCUCUCCUGCUCCUACAGUGAACCAGAAACAGAAAGUGAAACUAACUGAAAAUGGAGAUACCUGCCAAGGAAGACAGCUUAGAGUGACGACUUGAAUGUGACUCGAACACGAACUGAACUCGACACAAGUGAUCCAAAUGACCCAGAAAACAAGGUCACGUGAGCCUCGGUAAGAGUGAAAGAGGCAAGUACUGCUGAUGACUGAAGUGUGGGAAGAGUGGUGAACCUCAGCAUAUCCCUGUGUUGGACCAUGGACCCAUCCACCCACACAGACACACACACACACACACACACACCAGAGAGAGAGAGAGAGAGAGAGAGAGAGAGAGAGAGAGAGAGAGAGAGAGAGAGAGAGAGAGAGAGAGAGAGAGAGAGAGA